AUGGGGGGCGGGUGGUACGCCGUGCCAACAACCUGCCCGCUUGUUAAGAAACGAUUCACCAGCGCAUGGUUAGCGAUUUUCUGCUCUGUAGGAAUCGCAUGUCCAGUGGCUUCGCGUCUCGCCCAGCACCUCCACAGGGAGCUCAAGCCCACCCAGUUAAUCGGAGCCUGCCGUAGCCGGUUUGCCUGCCCAUUCCAGACCGCGCGUCGUUCACCAUCGCGACGGACCGAUAUGGCGGGAAAUACUGCUUCCGAUGUGCCCGAGGCCGAUGCGGCCGCAGAUCUGGAGCCUCUCUCGUGUGUGUCUUGUCGUUCCAAGAAGCUCAAGUGCGACCGCAGCAAGCCGUCGUGUGCACGAUGCGUCAAGGCCAAUGGCGAAUGCCUAUAUCCGGAAUCGCGUCGAAAACCAACUUUUAAGCGCAAGAAUGUCAAGGAACUGGAAGCCCGCCUAGCUCAGGUUGAGGGCAUGUUAAAAGACAUCAAUGGAAAGGAGCCUAGCCAGGGCUCUACUGAGGAUCUCGAGCCAUCUGAUGGCGGGUUUGCCAAUUUCAGUCUUGAUCCUACAGAUCGUUUACCAAGCUUGGCGCCAGACGUCGCUGCAAACCCCUUCUUGGAAGCAGGCGCUGGCAGCCACAAUGGAGACCAUCAGAAAGAGUCGCAACUCAUCGGCCUUGGCAUGACCGAGGCGUUGCCUCCUUUUGAGGUCAUGGAAGACCUGCACAAGAUAUUCUUCGCUACGGCCUAUCACAUGGCCCCGGUCGUGCAUUCAGGGAGGUACUUGAGCGCCUUCUACGGCGACCCUUUACGCCGCCCAGCCAUGUGCCUUCAAAACGCAAUCUGGGCACUGGCGUCUCUUGGCCACUCAAAAUACGAUGCCCAUGCCGACAUAUUUUAUCGCCGCGCACGGCAUUACAUCCAUGCAGACGAGAUGAGAGACGAUGGCGAGCAUUUCAUGACUCUGAAUCAUGCACAGACGUGGGUCAUUCUCUCGACAUUCGAGGCCAAAAAGAUGCUCUUCACCCGAGCGUCCAUGAGCUGUUCAAGUUCAGUGCGCAUAUGCCAGAUGAUGGGCCUCGACCGGCUGGACGGUGGCAUCGAUGAUCUGCCUCCUGCUUUGGGGCCUGCGCGGUCUUGGAUUGAGCGGGAGGAGAGGCGGCGCGUUUUCUGGGGCGCUUUUGUGAUUGACUGCCAUGCCUCGAUAUCGACAGGUUGGCCCUACCUCAUCAAUGCAGAAGAUAUCAUGACACGACUUCCUGCCUCUGAACCCGCUUUUGCUUCUGGGGAGGAAGAGCAGACAGCCUAUCUGCACGAAGUGUUUGAAGGCGCUUCGUACGCAGGAUUUGCUGGCACUAUUGUUACCUGCCAAUUGUUCAAGUCGAUACUGCGGCACGUCCACCGACCAAAACCGGACGACAAUCCAGAAGAUAUGGCGCACGGCGGCUUCUGGAAGCGGCAUCGGGAACUCGACAACCAACUGUCCAGCGUCUUCAUGUUCCUGCCGGAACGGUUUCAGCUGCCGGCCAACACCCAAGACCCAGGUGCCAUCCAUGUCAACCUCAAUCUUCACGCCUCCAUCAUCUGCCUGCAUCACGCGGCACUGGAGCUUGCAGAGAGACAUGGGCAUCCCCGGGCCAUCAUCGAUGAGAGCAUACGCCGCUUGAAAACUUCGGCGGAAGAGGUCGUCAACAUUGUCAAAAUGACGGCUCACAGAACAGGCAUAUUUAAGAGCCCAAUGUCGGCCAUUGCCAUGUACUGCGCGACGACCGUCUAUGUCUACAUGGCAAAAGCCGACCCAUCCCAUGACAUGAGCCCGGUUGAUGUGUCCAACCUCGAAGUCAUUAUCCACUCCAUGGAAGCCAUCGGUCGCAGCCACCAAAUCACCAUGUCCCUUUUACAGCAAGCAUGCCACGACAUUGACGCCAACGGCCUCGCGUACAAAAUCCGGUUCCCGGCCCUGGCCAAGUACCGCAUGUCGGGCAUGCGCGGGGUGGCGAGCAUCCCGCUCUUUGUGCGGAGCUCCGUCUCGCGCAACUCUGAAAUCAUGCCCGUCCUCCCCGGACGCCUGCCGCUCGAGAACCCAAAGGGCCAGCGGCUCGACGUCGUGCCGCGCAGCGCCGAGGCAAUGGCAAAGAAGCUCACCGGCGUCGAUUGCUACCAGGCCAUGAUUGGGCCCGCGAGUCGCAACGUGUCCCGCGGCCCGCACCCGCCGACGGUGGUUGACGUGACCGAGACCGCGACGCACGCCAGUAAGCGAAAACGAACGUCGGACAGUCCGUUUCCGCGCGACGGGCACGGCAGCAGCAUCUUGGCGCACCCGGCGCCGGAAGCGAACCCGUGGAAAAGCGGACACAAUGGCUUCGGCAGCAACGUCUUUGCCCUCCCCGAUCGCUCCUCGCCGUCGAAUACGUCGGGAGGCGCGGCCACCAGCAGCAGCAGCCACGAGUCCCCGGCCGGCGGCGGCGGCGGCGUGGGCACGAGCACCGUCUUUGGCUUGGGCAACACGCCGGCGGAGAACCGCAUCGAUCUCCGCGCGUUUCAGGAGCGCAUGGUUAACUCCAUGUGGUCCGGCCAGGACGAAAUAUUCGCGGCGCAAAUGACCAAUUCGCUGAUUGACACGGGCGGGUUCCCUGGUGGCGCCAGCAUGCCCUGGGAUUUUCUCACCGACGAGUUGCCGCCGUGGAAUGGGCCAUGA